AUGCCACCGGUCGACAGACUAAGCGCCUUGCCGGAUAACAUCAUCAGUCACAUUCUCUCGUUUCUCCCGAUCAACAUCUCCGUGUCGACCAUCAUCCUCGCUAGAAGAUGGAGGUUUAUGUGGGCCCACUUCCCGAAUCUUGAUUUCGACGGCAGAAGUCAUGAUAAUGAGACUGGAACCUGGGACAUCAUCAACAGGGUUAUGUCUAAUCCUAGACUGCAUAGCAUAAACACUUUCUGCCUCAAAUGCAGGCGUUCUCAUUUAAAUGAGAACAAAGUCGAGAAGUGGUUCGCCGGGCGCAAUAUCAACAAUCUCAGUCUCACCCUCAGUUCCGAAAUGCAGAGUCUUAUGCAUGCUUUGCCUCGAGCCAUCUUCACGUGCAAAACCCUUGUUGAGUUGAGGCUCACAUGUUGUGCCUUGCCAAGUUUAAGUGGUGAUGACAUAUCUCUCCCUCGCCUCAAGAAGCUCCAUCUCAAUUUUGUUCCAUUUGAAGCUGAUGAAACCCUUCAUAAAUUGCUUUGUUACUGCCCGGUGCUUGAUGAUUUGUCCAUUGAAGGAUGUUUGCAUGGAAAAUUUUAUAUCACUUCACCCACAAUGAAAAAGCUCAAGUACUCUUUUUGGACUUCACAUUCUUACAACCAUGAGGUGAGGAUAGAUGCUCCCGCACUUGAAUAUCUACAGCUAUGGGUUCACACGACCUCACAUGUCUCAACUUGUGCACUGACUUCCUUAAUUGAGGCAGACAUUUACAUUGAUCAUUCUUUUGGUAAUGGCGGCAAGCCUUAUCGCCUUUCACUGUUGGAUUGUGUCAGUCGUCUGUGCAAAGUGAAGAGGCUAAAACUGUCAUGUGGUGCGCCGUUGCCUUCUAGGAUAAGAUCAAUCCCAAAGUUUGAUAAUUGUACCCGGCUUGAGUUAGACUCCGAUUGGCGUUUUCUCACAAAAAUCUUGGAGAUGGCUGACAAUCUUGAAGUUCUAGUUAUCUCUAGGGAGAGAUCAAAUCGUAGAAUCUGGGAGGAGCCCGAACAAGUGCCAAGAUGCAUGUUAUCUCGUCUAGCAACGUUAAGAAUUGAUGGAUUUAAUUGCAGCAAGUCCGAGUUUAGCAUGGUGAAGUACUUUUUAAAGAAUUCCCAAGUGUUGAGAAGGAUGGAAGUACACACGACGACCAAUGGGAUUGAUUUGGGCUUGGCGGAAAAGCUCAAUGCACUCCAAAAGAUUGCAUUGUUUAAACGAGGAUCAAAGGAAUGCGAGCUUGCCUUUUCAUGA